AUGACUCUCCUUACCUCUACCCUCCAUACGCUGAAGUAAACAUCUGUUUUUGCAAGAUAAAAUUUAGUCUAUAUCGUUUGCAAAAAUUACAAAUAAAAAUACUAUUUUCUAUGGAAAUUAUUAUUAUUUACCUAUAAAAUGUGUGAUAUAGUAGUAUUAUUUGAUGGUUAUUCCAUAUUAAAAAAUGAAGAAGAAAUGAGUGCAAAUUGCAGCUGUACCCUAUUAAAGGGUAUAAAUAAUGUAAUAAUAGAUACUAUGACUCCUUGGGAUACCAAUAAAAUUGUAAGUGCUUUGAAACUGCAAAAUAUUACUGCAGAUGAUAUAAGUUAUGUUGUUUCUACUCAUGGUCAUUCAGAUCACAUUGGAAACAACAACCUUUUCUUAAAAGCUAAACAUAUUGUUGGCUUCAGUGUCUCAUUUGAGACUAAAUAUUACAUUCAUCCAUUUGAUGAAGGGAAGGAAUUUGUUAUAGAUGAAAAUGUAAAAGUGAUCCCAACCCCAGGACAUACACUUUCAGAUGUAACUGUAUUGGUUAACUCUACUGCAAAACAAACAGUUGCUGUUACAGGCGAUUUAUUUGAAAAGGUUGAGGACAUAGAGGACCCGAAUAUAUGGUUGGACGCUGGAAGUGAAGAUCCAGCUAAACAGAGAAUAAACAGGUUGAAAGUGGCUCAGUUGGCAGAUUGGAUUGUUCCAGGGCAUGGACCACAGUUUAAAGUUACCAAUGAAAUCAUAGAAACCCUUAAACAACAGUUUGAUAAAAAUAAAGCAAAUAAAGAUGAUUAAAUAUUUAA